CUUGCUGUGGACAUCAGACAGAGCUAGACCGAAGCACAUCGAGAGAAAGAUACCCAAAAUCUCACAAUUAAAAAAGAAAACGAAACCUCGGUAGAUGUUUGAAGACUAAUAAACGCAUUCCGACGGCAUUUGAUGAUGUCGAUCGAGCGAACAGCUCUCUUUGAUAAUACAUUAACGGUCCUUCAGUCGUUAUAGUCAAGCUACAAUAGUACAACAUAGCAACGGUUGCAAAUAAAGGCUUCUGGCGGACGCGUUUGAUGGACGACGCCUCCGAUGUUUUAAACAUAAGUGUGAUUGAGUGGCCAAAUCCACUCUGUCAUCCAACAGAUGAGAGGCAAACAGUUUCUGCAACUUCAGUCGCCUGCAUUGGGGGACAAGAAUGCUGUGUACGACAAAAAUCUGAAUCAUACCACGAAAAUAAUCUCACAACCUGGGAUCGUAAUGAAAGUAUUGCGGAGAAAACGAUUUGUUCUCUUUAUAGCCUAUUUUCUGCUGUUAGUUCUCACCAUGCUGAACUUGGCUAACUACAGGUGGGCUAAAGACCCUCAACAGUGUAGUCUUCAGAUGAGAAGCACCUUGUAUCAGGACAGAUCAGACAUUCGAUUUCUUUACAGGCCAUCUAUCGCUAAGAAGAGACAGCUUGUCUACGUUUUGACAACAUGGAGGUCAGGAUCAUCAUUUUUCGGAGAGCUAUUUAAUCAACACCCUGAUGUUUUCUUCCUGUACGAACCUAUGUGGCACAUCUGGCAGAAACUGUACCCGGGUGAUGCCGUGUCUCUACAAGGAGCAGCAAGGGACAUGCUUAACACGCUGUACCGCUGUGAUUUUUCUGUUUUUCAGCUGUACAACAGUCCGGGGAGCAAAAAUUUCACCUCUCUUGGACUUUUUGGGGCCACCCUUAAUAAAGUCAUCUGUUCGUAUCCUCUUUGCUCUGCUUAUAGGAGGGAGGUGGUUGGGAUGGUUGAUGACAAAGUGUGUAAAAAAUGUCCUCCGCAAAGCCUCAGGCUCUUAGAGGAAGAAUGCCUUAAGUACAACACUAUAGUCAUUAAAGGCGUGCGUGUUUUGGAUGUCAAUAUUUUGGCCCCCCUGAUGGAGGAUCCAUCUCUGGAUCUUAAAGUGAUUCACCUCGUGCGGGAUCCUAGAGCCGUGGCUAACUCCAGGAUCAAAUCUAGGCAUGGACUGAUUCGUGAGAACUUACAGGUGGUCCGAAGCAGGGACCCCAAACUUCGCCGGAUACCGUUUGUGGAUCCCGGGCACAAAAUAAGCAAAAAGGAUGGAGCAGAUUAUCACUCGGUCGGGGCUAUGGAGGUGAUAUGUGAUCGGACAUACAGAACCUUGAGGACCGCUUUGAAUCCACCCAGCUGGCUAAAAGGAAAAUACAUGGCAGUGCGCUAUGAGGAUCUAGUGGAUAAGCCUGUCAAAGUACUCCGGAAUGUUUAUCAGUUUGCCAAUCUCAGUGCUAACCUGGACAUUGAAUCCUUUGCUCUUAACAUGACCAAUGGCACAAGCUCUUCUUCAAAGCCAUUUACUGUGUCGGCCAGGAAUGCGACCCAGGCUGCCAGUGCAUGGAGAACAGUGUUGAGUAUACAGCAGAUAAAACAGGUGGAGGAGUACUGCUAUCACUCAAUGGCCAUUCUGGGUUAUGAGCGUAUAAGAACAGCUGGAGAGGCAAAGGACCUGAGGAAAUCUUUAUUGACUGCCUCCAAACUGUGAUACAGCUCUCUCAGCUGAGAAAGCUAACAAAUAUCCAACAUAAACUGGUAAUGGGUUUUAUCCCAGAUCAGGUGUUUGAAUUGUAAAAACCCUUUCUGGAAUGUCAUAGUUUUUCUAGGUUGCUUUAUAGCCAUUUAACCUUAGUAAAUGGCCUUAUGAAUGUUGGAUUCAGCAACUACUGUAUGAACCAUAAUUGGAAAACAAUUCAUUCGACAAACCACAUUCUAAAUUAAACAAAUUUUGUUUUAAAUGUUACAGGUCAGUUUUUGAAUUUCAGUUCAUUUGCUCUCUGUACAAGUUAGGAAUGAGAAGUUAUAGUAACACAAAAACUGAUCAAAACUGUUAUGCCAAGUACAGGUGAUGCUAAUUUUGUUCUAAAUCAAUCAAAUGACAAUCAUUAAACUUUACGCACUGCACAUACUUUAUGAAUGCCAAUGUUACGUGUUAUGUGGCAUAUUUCUCAUUCUACUAAAUAAAAGGUCAUAAUAAUGAUUUGCAAAAUCUUAACGUAUUAAUUAUUAUUGAUGCAUAGUUCCAGGACGGUUUGGCCAAUAAAGCUUUUGAAAAGUUUCACCAUCUAUAUGCAAAAACAAAAGAUAGUAUUUACAUAAUACUACAUAAUUAGCAUAUCAAUGAAAUGUCACAAAGUGUUUUAGCCUGCCAGAACUGUAUCACUGCACAAUAUUUGUUUAUAACAUCAAAAAUAGGUUCUAUUGAGUGGUACUUAAAAUGCACACAUUUAACAGAAAAAAUGUUCAAAGCCACUGAAUUAUAAAUACUUGCAGACACUAGCCCCUAUACCAAUAAAUCUUUUGACAUUUUUCACAGUUGAGCUACUGCAGACCUUUUCUGAUAUUGGUACUACCAAUCCCAGGGUAAUGGGUUUGUUGGGAAUGCACAAACUGAUAAAAAAAAGUCUUUGAUUGCACUAUAAAGUCAUUUUGGAAAAAAGUGAGUGCUAAAUGUUUAAAUUGCUCAAGUGCUGGGGUGUAAGGGCUUGCUUUAAAUGUUUGCCAUAUGGAAAAUGGUUACAACUGUUAAAUUGUCACUUUGGGGAAUGUGAUUUAGGGUGAGUGGGGAAUUUAUUUAACAUUCAGAUACAGACAAAAUUACCCAUUAAGCAAUGUCAAAAUUAGGGCGUUUUGAUGUAUAGAGGGUAUGCAUUGACAUUACUUUUCCACGUGACCACACCGGAGCACGCCCUGUUGCGUGGCAAACGUUCAACAAACUCGCUGGUUUUCAUAGUGGCUGCUGCGAAAAUGCCCGCAAAAACUGACUAUUAUUAGCUUAAAUAAAUUUAGUUGGACUUGAUAGCAGAGGUGGACAAUACUUAGUUACAUAAGUUACAUUUUCGAAGCAUCUGUGCUUUAUUAGGGUGUUUGUAUUGGGAAAAAUUUUACUUCACUACAUUCUAAAGCAUAGAAUCAUACUGUGUAUUCUGUAAUAUUGCAUAUUAAAAUUUAUUUAAUACAUAAUUUACUUGAUAAUUUAUAAUAAUUUUCUUGAGUAAAAGUAUGUUAAUGUACUUAAAUA